CACAUAACAGUGGGCGGGAAUCUUCAGUGGGCCCGUGUUGCCUCGACAUCGCGAAUUCAAACAUCAUCCUACAUAAAACUUUAACAUCAUAAGAUGAUAGAAAAAACAUGCUUCUGUCUCUUUCUCUACUUUGCGUGUCGACGAUUUUAGAAUUCAUUUUUUUCCGGACAAGUGUUGUGCCACACAAUUACUUAUUUAUUCCUGUCUCUAAAUCCGUCGUGGGCGUCCAUCAACCGCGGGCUGUUGCUGUGUGCGGAAUGCUGUAGUAUUCACCGGAGUAUGGGACGGCACAUAUCCCACGUGAAGUCCUUGCGUCAAGGGUCAUGGCCACCUUCUUUACUGGCUAUGGUUCAGGCACUUACAGCACAGAAUGUGAAUAGUAUUUGGGAGCACUCCUUAAUGGACACAUCAGCACCUAAACAUUUAAGGAAAAAACCACAACCUAAAGACCCUUUACACCCAAUAAAAUCGGAGUUUAUUCUUGCAAAACACUUGAGACUGGCGUAUGUAUUGCGUGCGAGGCGUGACGAGCCUCCAAGUGAGCUGGGCCGACAACUGCACAGUGCUGUGAGAAGCUCCUCUCUGGACACAGCCAUGAGGCUUUUAGCUCAAGGAGCAGAUCCGAAUUAUUAUAAUCCGGAAAAAGGCACCACAUGUCUGCAUGUGGCGUGCAGAGCGGGGCAGCCGGCGCAGGCCGAGCUGCUGGUGUCGUGGGGCGCCGACCCCACGGCCCGGGACCACGCUGGCAACACGCCUUCUGAUUGUGCCAGACAAGGAGGCCACAGCGAGCUAGCGGAGCGCGUGGCGGAGCUGGUGUCGGAGACGCCGGACCGGCUGGUGCAGUUCCUGACGGGGCGGAGGCCUGCGCGCGGCGCGGGCUCCAGUCUGGCGGCGCGCGCCUACGACGACCACGAGAUGACCGACGUCGCCAAGGCGGCCCGGGGCAAGCUGCAGCUGUUGCCGAAUCACCUUUUUGAAGAAUUAGUAAUGGAUAUUUACGACGAAAUAGAUCGACGGGAAACGGAAGCAAUCUGGCAGACGAGCGCGACAGGCCUGGAGCGCAGCGGCGUGGUGUUCCUGCCGGUGAACCCCGCGCUGUCGGCGCCGCGCAACCAAGGCCGGCAGAAGCUGGCGCGGCUGUCGGCGGCGGAGCUGGCGGCGCUGCUGCGCGACGUGCUGCUGGACGCCACUCGGCGGGAGCACAUCGCCAGGCUGCAGCCCAGAGGUUUGUCGUGCGUGACGUCGCUGCGUCAGCACUCGCAGCUGUCUGACGACGAACCGCUGUACGACUCUGUUGCGUCUGACGACGACUACGCUGCGCUGGCGCCCAGCGACUUCGACAUGUCGAGCAUAGCACCAAGGAUCGGAGAGCCAGUAGCAUCAACAUACAACCCAUCGCUGCCCAUCGAACAACCACUCAACAUUGAACUGCGAAGAACCCAGUCCCCCAACAAUCUAGUUCAAAUCGCACCACAGAAGAGUGAAAUAGCCAGUCUCAAAAAGGAAUUGGACACGAGAGACUCAACGAUCACCGAACUGAAGAAUCAAUUGAAGAAUCUACAAUCUAUAGUCGAGCAAUUGACCAAGGAAAACAGUGUUCUGAAGACGAAUAGUGUUGAUGAUGAUCACAGUUUGACGUCACAGAUAUCUGAAAGUAUAAACGAAAGUAUCAGCAGUAAUAUAGUGGAGGUUCAAUGUAGCUCGAAGCCGGAACGGGGUAAAAGCUUGGAGACGGAAGAGUUGAGCGGAAUGGAUGAGUUGGACACGAGGCAAUCGUUAAAGAGUACUCAGAGGCCGGUCAGUAUGUUUGAGGCUAGGGAGGGGCCAAGGAAUAACUGGCAGGUUACUAAACAUCAGCUGACGACCGUAUCCGGUCUGGAUGAGGGGCGUGAGACGGGGAGACGGACGCAGUGCCCCCCCUCCCCGCUGUCAGUGCAGACCCGCGCGGAGAGCGUGACGCGCGCCAUCCAGCGGCUGUGGGCGGCCGCCAGGGAGCGCCGGCCGCGGCUGCUGGACCACGCCGACGAUAUCGGAGCGGCGGUCGAUGAUCUGCUUCAGCUGUUCCCGCAGACGUGCCCAGACCGCGAGCUGCAGUCGGUGCUGUGCUCCCUGCGGCUGGCCUGCAGCGACCUCUGCUCCUCGUGCUCGUCCUCCGCCCCGACGUCGCUGGAUGACGUCAGGGCGGCCGCGUACGACCUCGCCAAGGCCACCAAACUGUUGGUGACGCACUUCCAGCCGGCCUCCUAGCGAACACCCUAUUACUACACCACGGUGUAGUAAGGUUAGUGACUUUUUGUUAUAGGACUCUUUCACUGUGCAAAUUUUUACGGCAAGAGCGUAAAUGAAAAAUCUUUUUUGAAAUUUUUCCUUUUUCUUGCCAUCCGUCGUCUACUAAUAUAAUAUUGUAGGAGGAAAAGUAGGAAAGUUCUGAAGCUCUGCGGCUAAGGAAGAACCGAACCCGGAUGAGAGAUAUACCGUGGUGGUAUUAGCCAAUAGAGAAUAUAUACUGUGUAAUUUGUAACUUUGAUCAGGAAGAGAUUUUGAUGCAUUUAUUUAAUGAUAACAUUUUCAGAUUGGACUUGCCAUGAAAAUUUGGACAAACAAAAAUGAAUUAGUCUAUAAUAUUCUAUAUGAUAAUAAUUAGGGUGAUUGUAUUGAAGUGUGAAAUGCAUAUAUUUGACUUUUGAGAAAAUACUCUAAAAAUGUUACACAGUCUGUUAAGAAAGCGAAGAAAAUAAUAGAGGGCGCUAUCUCCUUGCUGGCAACACUGGGUGUUUUUCAACCAAUCUUGAUCGUUUUAUUCGGUGUUGCAAUGGCAAAAAAAUGUAGUUAAGAAUCCGUAUUGUUCACUUUCUUGCCAGAAUGUAAGUUGAAUUGAAUUAAUCGACAAUGUCUGAAAGUGACGAUAUCACUCACAAUUAUCGACGAUAGAUUUAAAUCGAGUGCGACUCAUCUAUCUUGAGAAUGAUCUAAAGAUAUCAAAACUAUUGUCUAUAUCUCCGUCGAUAAUAAUGUAUGCCAUGGCUUUAUUAAGUUUCAGAAUAAAAAUGUAUUGGAAAUAAAAUCAAUUUCUUGAUCUCUUUUUCGGCGAAAGAAUGCUAUCCCUAUCAGUCAUUUUUUAUGAGAUUAUUUAUACUAUUAUUUUUCGUCAUAAGAAUUUCAGUAGAUCAUGUCUUUUUCCGAAUAUCAUUCUUUAAGAUUAACUUUAUAUUGUAUUAUUUAAUAAGACGUAAUGUAUUGUGUAUGUCUAAAAUAAAUAGUUUGUCAAAUGCACUUGUGAGCAAGUUUACUUGACAUAUUCAUUAUUGUUUUAAUAUCAUAUCCAGUAACAGUGAUUAUUUUAAUUAGUUUGUAUUAUCGUAUUAGGUUUGGUUGUUCGAAUGUAUUUCUAUAAAUAACCUUGCUCACAAGUGUACUUAUGUUUAAGGCGUAUUUUUUGUGAUUUGUUGUGUUCAAUGAUUGAAUUUAAGGGAUGUUGUCUUCCUGAUGUUAUGUUCAAAGUCUAAAGUUUUAGACCAAGUAUUGGCGCCAAAUUGUUGGUGAGACUUAUAAAUUAAUGACAAAUUAGUGUGUACGAUUAAAUGAGGCUGUUUGUAGUUUCGCGAACUUUUGUAUUUGCGAAAAUAUAACGUUUAAAAUCUGGGCUACGCCAGUCAAAUUGGCGGUAAGUUAGUACUUUACCCGCAUUCCUCGGACUUUAUAGUAUUAUAUAUAUAUAUAUAUAUAUAUAUUUCUCAGUUCAAUUUCCCGUUUCCCGCUGCGUGUCUCGUCCCGCAAACUUGUCCAACUUGUCCGCUUCCUGCUAUGUAAUGUAGACUUACAAUAUCCCGUACCGUUUCCUACAUACUCGUAUUAUGUGCCAUCAUGUUUUUCGCAAUGUGUCCCGUCCCGUUACCCACUACGUGUCUCCUUCCCAUUUCCCGCUCCGACUCCCACUCCCGCUUUCUGCAACACGUGCCGUCCCAUUUUCCAUGACGUUUUACGUCCCGGUUUUUUAUUAACCACAAACAUACAUUAAACAUUUUUUGUAUUUACUAUUACUGUUAAUUACUAUAAAAAGUAAUAAGUAAUUUCAACUAUUUAGCUAUCGCGGUUCAUGAGAUAUAGCCUAGUAACAAGACAAACAUACAGACGUUGCCCGCGGCUUCGCCCGCGUGAUGUGUCUUUGCUCUGUCUACACCUAAGAAAUAAAGUCGUGUAAAAUUGGUUUCUAUAUAGAAAAGGUCUAGCAGGGUCAAAUCACACGAACUUAUUGUCCUUGGAGAAUUGACCUCGAAGGGCCACCUCGUCUGCUGUAAAGUGGACGACGUAAUGCGCGCGACGUUUGCACUGACGAACACCCUGGCUUUAUAAUAACCCCAUUCCACCCUAAUAGGGAUGAUGGUAUUUCACUUCCACCACGUUAGAUUUCAAAUACGUUGUAUUAUUCGUAAUCAGCGACCCGAAAAACCGUACAAACAAUACCCAUGUUGAUAUUUUUCCUUAUUAGCCCCUUUCCCCCCAUUUAGGGGUAAAUUUUUGAAAAAUCCGGAGACCCUUAUUUACUCAUUUAUUGAUAAAAGUAAUCCUGUAAAGUUUCAAACAAAACAAAUUAAACUACAGAUUAGUUUCCCCAUACGAACUUUGAACUUUCACUCACUUAGAGAGUGAAUUUUGAAAAAUCCUUUCUUAGUGCACCCCCUAGGCCACAUAAGGAAUCUACGUGCUAAAUUUGAAGUUUCUAAACUUCUAAAGGUUUAGGCUGUACGACCAUAUGUCAGUCAGUCAUUCAGUUUGUUCUUUUAUAUAUUUAGAUUAGAGGAGCGAAAUGAUACAGGAAGCUGAAGUUUUCUGUAUUUUUUGAAGUUUUUAUUUGAAUGUUUAAAUUGAGCUGAAGCUUGUUGAAUACUUUCAUUAAUCUAACCUUAAAACUUUGCUAAAAAUGUGUAAAACUAUGUUGAAAAAUAUGAUUCAACAAGCUAAAUUAUACCGUACUAAACAUUUUGCGGGCGCUCGACGAGACGGAAAAAGUUUUGUUAUAACUGCUAUCCGUAGUGCGUCCGCGAUAUUGUUUUAACAAUUAUUUACUAUAUUGUGUGCGAACACUUAUGUAUAAGCGCUUAUUUUUAGCAAAUUUUACAAAAAUUAACAUUUUCGCUCAGUUAAUAAAUUAAAAAUAUGUUAAAUCUAACCUUCUAUUGAAAGUAUAAAAUGUAUACCAGUAUAUAUGGAUAUAUUUAUUUAACGCUUUACGCUUUUGAUGUAUUCUAAUGCAAUGCUGUUAGGAUGGUAUUAUCAAGCAAAGAGAAAGUUUUAGGUUGUAAAGUUUAUCUGUCUCGACAUUACUUAAUAAUAUAUUUAACAUUUGUGAAUUUGUAUUAGAUAGAGUAAUAAUAAAUGUGAAAUCAAUUGGAUAUAUAAUCAAGGCCAUAUACAGUUAAAAGUACAGCUUGUCUGAGUUGAAACGACGCGGAGCACAUCAGAAUAUGCCCACUUGACUAAAUUGAUUACUGUGUAUGGUACAAUGGAAUACACACUAAUGAGAGCCCGCGGCGGAGCUCAAAACGCUCGUGAAAUUCACCCAUUUGCUAUUUAUUACACACUAUUUGGCAAUAUAAUAAUUUAUAAUAAACUAACUUAACCUAACAUGCAAUGUGUGCCACAGAAAAUUGGUUGCAGUUCAGCUCGUUGUUGUUCAGACAAAGCUGUGGAACCGCUGAUUUUUAGUUGCCACCAGAUUUUCGAUGGUGGGUCGUGUUAUUUUAACCUAGAUAAGCUAUACCCUUUUUUGAUUGCAAGGAAUUAGUUGUGUUUCGCGCGUUUCUGGCUUGAAUACCACCAAUAUGUCGGUUCGUGUAACAGAGUUAGUGAUACGUUGUUGAAAAGUUAUUGGGCAAUUGAAAAUAAUCGUAGUGACCGCUUUUGUUCACUGUUUUAUUAUUCAUAAUUUCUUAGACAUGCGGCAUAACGAACAACAGGAAUAUAUGUGGCCGUCCAAAUCGAAAGGGACCUUAAAGCACCCGGCACUAACGCCAUUAUUGCCGUUGUUUUGUAUUGGAACAACGGCAAUAAGAACCUAAAUGCCAGCCGCCAUAAGGUCUCUUUUGAUUUGGACCGCCACAUACGGCUAUCUACGAACGAUGUAUUAACUUGUUUAAGUUGAUAUGAAGCGCGCCAUUAUCGUAAUUUUUCACAAGCGAUUUUUUUUUAUUAUAAAUGACAUUUGGACUUUGACAAGUUAUACUUUUCGAGCGAGUGACAGAAACGGAUUAUCACCAUAGUUCGUUUUGUUGCGUGACUUAAAAAAUACGUACAAUAUAGUGAUGACGACGACCGAUUGCGUGGUAUCCUAAAUUAGUAACAGUUUACAAGUAAAGAGAUUUUAAUAGAAGGCUAUCAAAUGUUUUUAAACGGCUACACUGUUUGAAAUGUUGUUUUUCAAACAAAGAAUGGAUACCGAUUUAUGUUAUCUUUUAUACCCAAUUCUAAAAAAAAAAACCUCAAUUUUCUUUUUCAAAUCAACCACUUGUUAGCCAUCGCAGAACAAAUGCGACGCCUUAUUCACACAUGUACCUGUCUUUCUCUACAGAAAGAUACGCUUUUCCAAUUUUCAUUACAUUAAUAUACUUUAGUUGUUAGUUAUUUGUAGAAACUUAUACACGAUAUGGCGGUUAAACCAAUGGUAGUGUAGCGUCUGCAUCGCGUUUGAUUUUAGACAAAAUGUUGUUGUGGAAAGUGUGAGAAACCUGCUUCAGUUUCUACACACCGAGAAACUGGAAAGUUUCUCAUGCCGUUUCAUAUUUUUUUGUCGCAUUCGGACGCGAUGAAACCAUUGGUUUAAAGAUACAGUAUAAGCUGUGACCCAGCAGUAAGUAAUCGUAUAUUAUUUCUCCAAACGUUUCAAGUAGUUUCGGCUUUAUAACGAGUGAUCUUUGUCACUGAUGAUGAAUAAACAUGUCAAAAUAGCUCUCUAUAUGCAUUACUUAACGCUGGAGACAGAAGGUUUCGGCGGUACGUUGCGUCGUAUCGCGCACAAGUGCCAUGCUCGUUUGAACGAGCACGAAAAUUCGUUCAAAUUGGUGUAACCAAAGCUUAUUAACAUAGUUAAAUAUCCCGCAAUUGAUUAAAUGUCACAAAUCUGCAUUUUAUCUGUAACUUCUCAUUCUACGUCAUUCCAUAUUAUGUGUUCUUUUCUAUAUGAUUAUAAUUUUAAUGAUUAACUCUGUAAUAUGCUUUAAAAAUAAUUUUACUUUGCAGGGACAUUGUAUUUUGUCUUUCAGAUCGUAUCUAGCGCGAGCACACCAGCGCCGUCAUCACAAUGUCUAAGAAAAAAAACAAAUUGAUAAAAAUAUUUUGGUGGCGCUAGUGUGCUGCUAAAUAUGGCUUUAAACAAAUUGCAUUAUUAGAUAAUUGAUUUCUCGGAUAGAUCUACAAUCGAGAAACCUAUGAUUUAAUGCGAGAAAUGUAUUCAGCUGUUUGCGUAUAGUGCCUAUAUGAGACUAUUCGCGUCAAUCCAAAACCUACAUGAGUCACCAAAAAGCAUUCAGUGAAUGUCCCUGCGGAUGAACGCCGCAUUUUCUUCUACAGUAGAUAUUAUAUUCAUGUUCAGUCUACUGUAAUUAUUUGUACAGUCUACUAACUUUUAUUUAACCAGUACUGCACACUAUGUCCUUUGUUUGGCAAUUCCUAUUAGAUUUUUUACACUUUGUUAGUAUGAAAAGUGUUUAUAACAUGACAAAAGCUUGUAAAAAGAAUAGUUUACUACCCUGCAAUCCACCACAGAGGCACUUGAAUUUUUUUUUAUUCUGCAAGAGUGAAUUUCAUUUAAGUAUUGAAAACAAAUACAUAGUGUGCGGUAAAUGAUAAUUCCAUAAGAAAUAGAGGUGCUUGAAUCAAAACGUAAGUUCCCAAUGCCCAGUGCUCGAGUAGUACCCAGUACACAGAAUUUGAUGAAAUCGUGCCUAAAAUGUUAAAUUAUAUUCAUACAUUUGUUAGAUAGCCCUAGAUAUGUUUAACUAUCAGUUGUGUAAAUUUUAUAUGAGCGUUUCAUUAUGUGUUGACAUAUAACAUACCUAUAGUUAUAUGAUGUGAAUUUUAAUACUGUAGUUAUUUAACAAAUGUAUUAGCUUUCGUACGGAAUGUAUUUAGUAUUUAUAUACAUAUGUGAUCACUCUAUGUGCCAAUGGUUAUGUAAAAGACGUAGCGUAGGAUAGUCAAUUGGUAUAGCACGUUUAUUUGACGCCUGUUUCCGAAUGUUUUUCAACGUUUUGACACAGUAAUAAAUACUGACGCGCGAUUAUCAUUAUUUCAACCCUUAUUUACACAGCAUUGGCCUCUGAAUUUCAAAGUAAUGGGAGAGGAAAAAGAUUUGGAAGAUUUUGUUUUGUAUUCGAACAACGGCAAUAAAGACCUAAGUGCCAGUCGCCAUAAGGUCCCUUUUGAUUUGGACGGCCACAUACGGCACGAACGAUGUAUUAACUUGUAAAUGAAGCGCGCCAAUAUCGUAAUUUACACAGCAUUGGCCUUUGAAUUUCAAAGUAAUGAGAGAGGAAAAUGAUAUAAUCCGUGCAGUACGACGAGUCAGAGGACAUGUUUAUAAUUAUGUACCUACCAAGUAUUAUUGAGAUGUUGUCGUAAAAUAGUGGUAAAACUUCUAACCCUGUAUAAGGAUUUUAGUUCUAAAUGCUAACAUCACAUUAACACAGAACUUGGUUAGAUAAAAUGGAAACAGGUGUAUUUUUAAUUGAAUUUAUUGAAAAUUAUAAUAACCUAUUAUUAUUAAAGUUUAUUAAUUUGGAAAUCAA